GAAAUCAAAUCUUUGUACAAGUUUCUUAUCAUAUUCUCUUGCAUUUUAGUUUUUAUUAUUUUAUAACAAUCCUAACGGUUAUAAAUUUAUAUAUUAAAACUUACUGUAAGUAAUGUAAUAUAUGCAGCAACCUGUAGGCUAUUACUAAGCAAAAAAAUUCCUUCAAAUGAAAUCAAUUAUUACAAGUUGGUCGGCUCGUAAGCAGAUAAUCAUAGGACGCCUUAUUCAAAUUCAUUACUAUCAUCAACACAACUUAUUUUCACAAAACCCAACUCAACAUUACGCUUCUCUUCUCCAAUCUUGCAUUGCUCGAAAAGCAGUUGAGCCUGGAAAGCAGCUUCACGCGCAUCUCUGCCUCACAGGUUUAGGCUACAACAUCAAUAUAGCAACAAAGCUCGUUAAUCUUUAUUGUGUUUGUGACAAAUUGUCGAAUGCCCAUCACCUGUUUGAUAGAAUUCCUAAAGGAAAUAUUUUCCUUUGGAACGUUUUGAUUCGUGGGUAUGCUUGGAAUGGACCAUAUGAGGCUGCAAUUAAUUUGUAUUAUCAAAUGCUUGAUUAUGGUCUUGUUCCUGAUAAUUUCACCUUUCCGUUUGUACUUAAAGCAUGCUCGGCGUUGUCAGCGAUUGAAGUGGGGAAGGAUAUACAUGAACACGCGAAGAGAACCAAGUGGGAUAAGGAUGUUUUCGUGGGUGCCGCCCUUAUUGACAUGUAUGCUAAAUGUGGUUGUGUUGGUAGGUCGAGGGAGGUGUUUGACAAUGUCGAUGAGAGGGAUGUAGUUGUUUGGAAUUCAAUGCUUGCUGCUUACUCACAAAAUGGUCACCCUGAGGAUUGUUUGUCUUUAUGUGGUGAAAUGGCAUGUGGAGGCGUUAGACCCACUGAGGCGACCUUGGUGACUGCCAUUUCUGCUUCUGCUGAUGUGGCAGCCCUUCGACAGGGAAGGGAGCUUCACGGGUAUAGUUGGAGACAGGGCUUUGACUCUCAGGACAAAGUGAAGACAGCGCUUGUGGAUAUGUAUGCCAAGAGUGGGUCGGUGAAGGUUGCUAGGAUUUUGUUCGAAGGACUCCAGGAGAAAAGAGUUGUUUCUUGGAAUGCUAUGAUCACCGGAUACGCAAUGCAUAGUCAUGCUAAUGCAGCACUUGGCCUGUUUAAUGAGAUGGUUGGCAAGGCUCAGCCGGAUCAUAUAACUUUUGUAGGGGUUUUAUCAGCUUGUAAUCAUGGAGGUUUGUUGAGUGAAGGGAGGAUGUAUUUUGAUUCAAUGGUAAAAGAUUAUGGAAUUGAACCAACCAUUCAGCACACUACAUGCAUGGUUGAUCUCUUAGGUCAUUCUGGUCGGUUGGAUGAGGCUUAUGGACUUAUAAUGCAGAUUAAAGUUAUCCCAGAUGCUGGUGUCUGGGGUGCAUUUCUUAAUUCAUGCAAAAUCCAUGGUCAUGUGGAAUUUGCAGAAUUGUCAUUAGAGAGGUUGAUUGAGCUUGAGCCUGAUGAUGCAGGCAAUUACGUGAUCCUAUCUAAUAUUUAUGCCCAAGCAGGUAGAUGGGAAGGUGUUGCAAAGCUCAGAGAACUAAUGAACGAAAGAGGUGUAAAGAAAACGACCGCGUACAGUUGGAUUGAAGUUAAAAACAAAGUACAUGCAUUUCUCUCUGGGGAUACAUCUCAUCCUAUGUCUGACAAGAUUUAUGCAGAGCUACAGAGCUUAGGAGCACGAAUGGUACAAGCUGGCUAUGUCCCAAACAUUACACCUGUUUUUCAUGAUGUAGAAGAUGACGAGAAGAGCAGAAUGGUGUGCAGCCACAGUGAAAGGCUAGCGAUUGCUUUUGGACUAAUUAGUACACCCCCAGGGACAAAUCUAUUGAUCACCAAGAACCUCCGAGUUUGUGAGGACUGUCAUGUUGCAAUCAAGUUUAUCUCAAAGUUAACGGAGAGAGAAAUCAUUAUCAGAGAUGUCAAUCGCUAUCAUCAUUUCAAAGAUGGCAUUUGUUCUUGUGGAGAUUAUUGGUGAAGUGGGUUCAGGAAUUUCAGUGUCUACUAGGGAGAUGAGAAACCAAGUGCUCCUUGAAAAAGAAUUGGCUUGUCUAACUGAGUAAAAUGGAUAGUCAUGAUUGUUUU